AUGGAGUCCUCAAACUCCAACCACAGACCGUCCACAGACGGAGCGCAGGAUGCAUCCAGAAACGGAUCCUCCUCGGAGCACAAUGCCAGCUCAGGAGAGCGACGCCCAGGGCCCGAUGGCCGCAACACCCCCUCAGAGCCCCCGCAAAGUGUCCCAGGCCUCUCCUCAAAACGACAAAGAAUGCAAGAGCGCCAUCAAGCCCGCAAGCGCGGCCGCACACCCCCAGAGUCAGUCUUCUCACGACGCCAAAGAUCUCGCAGCCCGAACAGAAACGGAGAAGCCCAGCGUCGCUCUCGCUCCCCCCUCCAGCCUCGGUCCCCUCCCGCCGAUGAAGCCCCUCGACAACGCAAAAGACCCGGCGGUGGAGCACGAAUGGGCAUUGUCGAUGCACAGACAAUGCGCCGCCGCCAGGAAGAACGAGAACGAGCCGAGGAGGAAGAUGCGGCCCGGUACGCGCGAAGUCAGGGUGUCUCGGACGUGGUGCGGCAGCACUACAAUGCCGUCCCGGAGCGUGGGCGUGAAUGGCGCAAAACAGAGAGCAAGAUCAAGGGGCUGCGCAGCUUCAAUAAUUGGGUGAAGAGCACUCUCAUCCAGAAGUUCUCACCCGAUGAGGACUUCAGCGCGCAAUUCGACGACCCCAAGGACUGGGCGGACGACAGCAUGGGCCCGCCCCCGGCGCACGAGAAUAAGCUACUUGUUCUGGACCUGGGCUGCGGGAAGGGUGGCGACCUAGGCAAGUGGCAGCUUGCUCCGCAGAAGGUGGAUCUCUAUGUUGGGCUUGAUCCGGCCAAUAUCUCGGUUGAGCAGGCUAGAGAUCGGUAUGCCACUAUGCGGUCUGGGCGGGGGCAGCGGGGGCGCAGACCGCCGCCGAAUCUGUUCCACGCGGAGUUCUACCCGAAGGAUUGUUUUGGCGAGUCCCUGGGUGAUGUACAAAUUGUCCAGCAGGUUGGAUUUGAUGCCAAUGCUGGGCCUGGUGGGUCGAUGAUGGCUUCGCGAUGGGGCGGUGGUGGAUUUGACGUCGUCACCUCGAUGUUCGCCAUCCACUAUGCAUUUGAGAGCGAGGAAAAGGCACGACAGAUGCUGAGCAAUGUCGCUGGAAGUUUGAAGAAGGGGGGUCGGUUCAUUGGAGUGUGUCCUAACUCCGACGUGAUCAUCAGCAAAGUGAAGGAGUUUCACCAACGCCGGAAGCAACACGAGGCGGCGAAAGCUUCUGCAACAGAGGCUCCUGAAGAUGGAGAAGUGGAAGAGGAGGAGAGAGUCACAUGGGGCAAUGAUAUCUACCAGGUCCGAUUCCCAGGUGACACCCCUGAAGACGGUAUUUUUCGGCCGCCGUUCGGCUGGAGGUAUACGUACUUCAUGAAGGAGGCUGUGGAAGAGGUUCCUGAAUACGUUGUUCCCUGGGAAGCCUUCCGAGCGCUCACGGAGGACUACAAUCUGGAACUCCAAUACCGCAAACCCUUUUUGGAUAUUUGGGAAGACGAGAAGAAUCAUCGCGAACUUGGACCAUUGAGUGAACGCAUGGGUGUUCGUGACCGAAUGACGGGCCAACUUACCAUGACUGACGAAGAGAAGGAAGCCGUCAGCUUUUACCAUGCAUUCUGUUUUUACAAGGUCUAA